AUGUCGGACGACCUGGGGUGGGGCGAGGUUGGCCUCUACCCGAGCGACUCGCCCCACGGGCGCAUCGCCACGCCGCACCUGGACCAGUUCGGCAGGGAGGGCAUGGUCUUCCGUCACGCGUACGCUGGCUACACCGUGUGCGCCCCGAGCCGUAUGUCUUUCUUCACGGGCAGACACGCUGGGACUUUCUGGUCUGCGGGCAUCAACGGCAUGUCACUCAAGGCCAAGCAGCUGGUGAACAGGACCCUCGGUCCUGUGCUGCGGGGCGCUGGUUACACGACAGGCCUCUUCGGCAAGAGCUCGCCACUGGAGAGCCCAGAGAGACAGGGGUUCGACAAGUUCGUUGGCCAGGUCAGUCAGGAGCUGUGCCACAACAUGUACCCGCGGUAUAUCGAUCAGGGCGAUGCGCAGCUCAACUUCAACCUGACGGGGAAUUUCAAGCCGAAGAGUCGGGAGCUCUGCAUGGCCUCGCCGGAGCUUUACAAUUACACCGUCGACGUCUUCCACGCCUCGGCGAUGGAGUGGUUCGAGGAGGCAGUGAGAGGCCCGAGGCCGGUGUUUCUUUACCUGGGCUACACGGUGCCCCACGGGGGCGGCUGGGCCGACGCCCCUGCGUCUCCCAUGCCGGCACACCCUGUGCCCUCUGAUCUGCAGUACGCGCAGGAGCCGUGGCCGCCGAAGGAGAAGGACCACGCGGCGAUGAUCACAUAUUUGGACCUUAAGAUUGGCGACCUCAUGCAGAGAAUCAAGCUGAUGGGCGUUGACAGCAGCACUGUGGUGUUCUUUGCGUCCGACAACGGGGGGCACAAGGAGAGCGGCCACCACCCCGACUUCUUCGACUCGAACGGAGGCCUCCGCGGUUUCAAGCGCAGCCUCUUCGAAGGGGGCGUGCGGUCUCCUACCAUGGCACGCUGGCCCGGCGUCAUCCCGCUCGGCACCACAUCCGAUUUCCAGUGGAUUCUGGGACGUGCUGCCGACGCUCGCGGACCUCGCUGGCGCCCGGGCGCCGCCGGACCUCGACGGCCUCAGCUUGGCGCCGACUCUGUUCGGAGGGCCCCGAGAGGCGCACGCCUACCUCUACUGGACCUGGGUGGGCACCGGCAUCCCGCCGACGCCGUGGGCGUUCACCGAGGUCCUGGCGUCGCAGCUUCUUCGCAGCGGGCGGUGCUGCCUUGCGCGUCGGGCCCCUUCUGA